UCUGAAAGUAAAGCAAUGUUAGCGAGUAGAUUUUGUCGACUGCGACAAUCGGUCAUACCGUAUGUUUUACUGGCGGCAAUAGUGAGCUACGCUUGGUAUUCGAGGAGGAGAGCGAGACCGUUCAAAAUAUGAAAGAAAAACUUGGCGUAUGCCGUGUCGUGUCGAGAGCGUUUGGCGUAAGGUGUAAAUGCCUGUGUUAGUUUCAAAAUCGUACGUGCGCGGUAUAUUUCUUCGGCGCGGAAUAAUCGUGUCAAGGGUAUAAACAUAAGAGGAGAAGUGAGACCGUCUUACACCGUGGGGUUCCUUGAAUCCGCGUGUAAAUAUGGGACCACGUUGUGCGUCAGGGACAGUCAAAAGUGUAGGUUCGUCGACAAAUCAUGGGAAAUCUUCUUUCAACGAACGGCAACGAUCCUGUGACUGUCCCGAAGACAGCGGAGCAUGAGGUUAAAGUUCGUUUCGUCCGCGAGUUCGCCGAUGUAGAGUCGAUCAAGGAAAAUCUCUGCUUGGCUCGGGAGAGUCUUUCGUCAGCCAGCAGUUUCCAUAGUCUCAGCAGCACUCUCAGUACUAAGAGCAGCAGCGGCAUAUGCCCCGAUUCGAAAUCCGAAACUCCCGAUGACACCGGAGAUAUAUCAUACGUCAACUCCAAUAUACCUGGAGUAGAGGAUUUGAUCCUCGGAUGCGCAGGUAUCCACCUGGGAAGUGAAUACGACGAAAGUCAAAAUCUCAGUCAAGAUCAGACCUUUGCAUCGGCCAUAGACGAGACAACGUUUCCAACAAACGAUUGCUCCCUUAACGAAGAUUUGUUGGACAAUAUCGAUAAUGAGACACAAGUGACUGAGACGAGUCUGCAAUUGCAAGAGACAGCGUCCUCGAGUCGAACGCUCACUUUGGAACCGUUAAAUAACACAUUUCCCGUUCAAGAUUCACAGUUUGUGAAUUCGUGUCCUCCUGCGGAAGAGCACGCAGUAGACCCUGCAACUAGAAUUUCACCGCAAGUAGAAGAGUCGACCGAUAAGCAUGUUCCGUUACAGGAAAGCGAUAAUACAGUGAGUGAGCUUGGAACGUGCGACGUUGCGAGUAGCAUUGCAAAGGAUUCACUGCCAACGAGUAAUGUGAAUGAUAAUCAGCUGAACAUAACAACCGUUUUACCUGGUGACACAACUUUCAAUGUAAUCGCGCUUGAUGAACAGCAGGCAGUAGAUUGCACCUCCGAAACAUUACCUCUACAAGAUCCGCAGUUGUGUCCUACCCAAGUUUCUGUUCCGUCCAUAUCCUCGUCAGCGCUACACGCGGAUCUUUCGUUACUCAAUAUAUCCAGUAUAUCGUCGCCAUUAGAAGAUACUAAAACGAAAGAACCGAGUGGAGCUUUAUCGGAGCCUGAGCAAAAUGCAUCGGUGUUGUCGCCUCCCGACAAUGCCGAUCAAGAAUUGUGUGUAUUGUCGCAAACAGCUGUAAAUAAUUCCUUUGAAGCAGGAAAGAACGAAAUUGUCAAAGAACAAGAGUCGCCUCGAUUGGAUAAUCUUAUUGCGUCAGAUAAAGAAGAUGACGUACGAUUAAUAAAUAAUACCACUAUUAUAGAACCAAAAACAUCGGAAGUUGAAGACGAGAACUUGCAGGCGAAUACCGAUAAGAAAGAUUUAGAAACAGAGGACAACGUGGUAUCGAAUGAAAUACAGAAAGUAUCGGAAGCAGAAAUAUGCGAUGAAACCUGUGUUGUAGAAAACCAAUGUAAUUCACCAGAAACUGUAAUUGUAGAGAAGGAAAAAGAUAUUGUGGAAAGUGCAGCUGCGACGUGUGCUGUUAAAAGAGACACCUCGGGUGAAGAAGAGCUCGAUCGUACGCUUACUUUGCAAGAGGCGGAUAUACAUUUGGAACCAGAUGAAGAGCAAUACGAAGAAUUUAAGCCUCAACGACAAAGCACUACGCUGUCACUGAUCAAGGAACAGUCGUAUUUUGAUGAAUUGAAGUCUACGGUGGAAAAGGUUACUAAUGAGCUACUUAAUCCUUUAUUGGAGCUCACAGACGAUACAGAACAAUUUGUCAACGCAACACCCGAAAUUUUUCAAGAUCCUUCGUCAUUUGAUUUCUUGUUAGCACGAAGUAAUUCUACGCAUACCAAUCGCCUUAGGACAGAAUCCUUGUAUAUCAAAUUCGACCCGUUGGUAUCAAACACCAGCAUGUUGCCUCAAGGAAAUGCCCAAACGAUAAACGAGGAGAAAAAUGGCAAGAACGAAUCGCCACUUCCCGAUGUUGGUACACCAAAACGUAAUCCUGCCAUAGCAGCUAUAGACAGGUUACUUUUAUAUAGUCCUCUUCCUAACGCAACAGUGCAAAAGUUAGAGGAAGCUCAAGAAAAAAUUGAGCAACCGGCAGAAGAGCCUAAAUCCGACGUACCACUUAUUGAUCAUGUAGAUAUGAGUAAAGAACUUGAACUUGUAAGAACGACGGUGUUACAGCUCGAGGAAAAAUUAGAGAAGCAGGAGAAAGAAAAGGAAGCGGAAUUAGAAAGACAGAAAGCAAGCUUUCAAGAAAAAAUUAAUAAACUACAGGCACAAGUGUCACAGGAAAUAAAAACCAAGAACCAGAUGACGGUUGUAAUGGAAGAAUACGAAAAGUCGAUUAGCAGAAUGCUCACAGAGCGGGAAAGAGAUCGUACGAGCUUCGAACAAGACAAGGCAAAAUUGCAGGAAGAACUGCAAGCUGCAAACCUUCAUCUAACUAAUACGGAAGCAGCGUUUAACGAUGUGCACCAAAAAUAUGAGAGAGUUAAAGGAGUCGUGUCGGUGUACAAAAAUAACGAAACUGUGUUAAAAGAAAGUAUCGAGGAAAAUGUAGGAACCAUAAAAACACUGGAAACACGAUACGAUCAACUCAAGGAGCAUGCAAUGGCUCAGCUAGAAAAAGCCAAUCUGGAACUGGACAGAAUACGAAAGCAGAACGAGGCGGAAACAGUAAAACUGCAUGCGAUGAUAAGGAAAGCAGAACUUAAAAGCAAUUCGCUCGCUGAGCUUGUGGAACAGAAAACAAAGGAAAACAAAGAACUCGCGAAAAUCCUAGACGAAGUUAUCGCCAGGGUCGGUCACGGAAACUCUGAAUGAAAACGAAGUAUUACAAUUAAGAGGAAAACACAGCAUAUGUGUUAUGAACCGAUAUAUACAUACAUCGGUCGGAUUUGAACUCGGAUCUUUGACUCGUUAGAGCAGCGCGGAUCUCUCUGUGCCAUGAUCGCCACGAAGGUACAUACAAAUAUAUCUUGAUAUAUUUUAGAGCCAAUCUGGAACUGGACGGAAUACGAAAGCAGAACAAGGCGGAAACGGUAAAACUGCAUACGAUGAUAAGGAAAGCAGAACUUAAAAGCAAUUCGCUCGCCGAGCUUGUGGAACAGAAAACAAGGAACUCGCGAAAAUUCUAGACGAAGUUAUCGCCCAGGGUCGGUCACGGCAACUCUGAAUGAAAAUGAAGUAUUACAAUUACGAUGCAAUUAGUCUUUAUUUUUUUACUUGUCCUUCACUGUC